UUCUUACAAGCUCUUAACCAACAAUGCAGUUAAGUAAGCGUUUCACUGUAAGGUCAACACCUGUUGUAUUCGGCGCGUGUGACAAAUACAAUUUGAUUUGAUUCAGAUCUGGCCACUCCAGAACAGUCCAGCGUUUCUUCUUGAACCAUUCCAGGGUGCCUUUGAUAUUUGUUUGGGGUUGUUGUCCUGCUGAAAUUGCCAUCAACCUUCCAACCGAGACCAAGUGUUUGGACACUGGGUUGAACAUUGCACUCCAAAACACCUUCAUAAUCUGCUGUUUUGCUUAUGUACAAGGCCCCAAGCACCAGAGGCAGCAAAGCAACCCCACAGCAUUAUCAAACCUUCCCUAUGUGUGUAGUUAUUUUCUUAAUUUGGUUGUUGGUUAACAUAGGAAGCCCCCACUGCCGAAGAAGACUCAAGAAAGCCUGAUUGAAUGCUGGACUGUAGUGGAGUGGCCAGCCAAUAUUCCAGAUCUAAAUCCCAUCCAAAACCUAUGGUAAGAGCUGAAAAUAGCAGUUGGAAGAAUAAGAGCAGUUUGCUGUGAAGUGGGACAAGUUGCCAGUAGGAAGGUGCAGCAAGCUCAUUGAUGGUACAAGAAGUGUUUGUCUGCAGUUGGCCAAAGGCUGUAAUUUUGUCUGCCAAUUGUUUUUCUUUUCUAAAUUAGUAGUUUGCAAAAAUACAAUGGGUUCUAGAAUGUUGCAAAUCCAAGGUCUGGAGACGAAGUUCUCAAUUUCAAACUAUUUUUUGAAGAAAUGGGGAAUUAAUUGAGAAGUGCAAGCGUGCCAACUAGUUUGUUACAAAGUUGAUUUUUACACGAGGGAUAAACAAUGUUGCACAUGGUUUGGCUUUUGGGGUUUAAUUCACCUUUUUGUCUAUUUACAAUAAAUACUUAUGUGCAUCUUAUCUCUAUGAUUUUGUCAUAACUCUGUGAAAAUCUUACUGGGCACUACUCAAACAGGACCAUGGUAAAGUAGAAAUGUCCAUAAUAUUACCACCAGCAGGUGGCAUUGGUCAUCAGUGUAUUGACAAUGCAUAAUGUUGGUUCCCCCAUCAUGUAGGUUCAAAAAGCUCUAUACGUCUUUGUUCUUAUGUCUACGGGGUGGGAUAACUAUUAAUUGCAGGUUAUUUUAGCAUCUACACGCAGUUUUUGCCUUUUUGGUAUAGAUUGUUCUGUUAAUCCCAAAAUGAUGCUUAAUUAAUUUGUGUCCAUUUAAUAACUAAACUCCAAAAACAAUGGUGAAGAUAAAAUCGAUACGUUUGAAGGUUAGUAAUGUACGUCGUUGAGACGAAGCGCGUUGGCCGCAGACAGGCGCACAGUCCUCAUUGGCCCAUACUUUUUGUCCAUCAGCGAACAGGGCCCGCUUAUCCUUUAUAAAUUGCUAGACCGCACAAUCCGAGGGAGUUUACUUUGUGUAUCCUACACGUUGAGCAGAGCCACGGAAACCGCUGCGCCCUUUUAACAAAUGGUUGUCCAAGUAAACCAGCCAACUCGCCACUACAGCAAAACGAUGGAAGGAAGUCAGCAAAAGGUGGAGGCUAAUGUCUUACUACUUGGUGCUGAAAGCGUCGGUAAAUCUGCUCUCACGGUGCGGUUUCUCACUAGAAGGUUUAUCGGCGAAUACGGCGAUAUUGAAUCUAUCUACAGUCACACUGACCGAAUAGAAGGACGGGAGAUCAGCUUUAAUAUCUGGGAUUCGCUUUGCCCCCAGAAUGGUGAGGUCGAGGGACACAUCAGCGACAGACAACUCCAGUGGGCGGAUGGUUUCAUUCUGGUUUAUAGCAUAUGUGACCGUGCCAGCUUCAACGUGGUGCGGCAACAGGUGCAGCGCAUCCAGCAAGCCAAAAGCAAGUUCCCCGGAGCCCAUCCCAUCAUUAUCGUGGGCAAUAAACGUGACCUCCAGCAUCGCCGCACUGUCUCAAGCGAGGAAGGACGCCUCCUCGCUCUUUCCACGGACUGUGGCUUCUUUGAGAUCUCUGUAGCGGAAACAUACCACGAGGUACAACUGGUAUUUCACGAACUGCUCGACCUUAUCCGAGAGGCGAGGGCGCUCAAGAAGGGGGCAGCUGGGAUCAAGGGUAUUGUGAGAAGCAUGUCCGCCGUUUUCGGAAGGAAGAGGACUGAGUAGUUCCAAUAUAGCUGAAUACGAGAGACGUUGAGGUGUUACUGUAGUUCUGCAUCUAAACAGCCCAGGACUUGUCCGUGCAUAAAAAGGAUGGUUAUGUUUCCAUAUUGGAAUAGGUCCAUGCACAGCUCUAUGAUUUAGGCCUAACUGAACUCAAGCCGGUUGGAUUGUUACUCGAAUGAGAUGAUUGACAAUCAAAUCCUAUCAAACUGACAGGAUUAAGUACUCUUAUUUGUGUCGGAGGUCAGGUGGCCUAAAGUAGCAGAAAAAUGCCCUUAAAUUGCCAACUUGUUAGAUUGCCUUGCAACAUGAGAUACAAUUGCCAACUGUAAAGCAGAAGGGUUCUUGUUUAAAUUCCUGGAAGAAGUAUUGUGGAGAAUCUAUGUGCAAUAGACAACUUAUUUCUCUUCACAAAUCUGUAUCAGCAUGCAGAAUGUUCUACAGGUGAGGUCUGCUUGGUCUUAUCAUUGGCACAAUCCCUUGGACUAUUGACAGUCUAUGCAAGACAGAUAAGUGAAUGUCUAGCAUUAUAAUGGUGUGAGCAUUAUAAUGGUGUGAUCAUUACAUUUGCUCCCUUAGACUCCAGUAGUUUUGCUGCGUUUCCAUCCACGGCACCUACAUCAAUCACACCUUUAAGGUGUUUUGAAAGGUCAGCCAGUGGGGGACCAUUCUCUGUUCAUUAAUGUCAAUACCAUCUAUUUGUCUGAGAGUGCUGUACAUUUCACGUCUUUGAAGAAUGCCGAGGCCUACUUGACUUUUUCAUAGGGGUGUUAAUGCAGUGGACAAACAUGUCUAUUUCAAUAGCCUACUGAUUCUAUCAUGUUUUUUUUUGGUAACUUUUCAUGAAUUAUGACAACUGAAGUCAUGUUUGUUAUACAAGUCAUUACUUUAACUGUACAAAGUUUACAUAAUACAGAAUUUGGUCGUACAAUUUCAUAAUAAAAUGUGAAAUGAAUGCUUAA